AAACCCCGGCGUGGGGCGGGGCAAUGCUUGAUUGACACGUCGCGAGGGGCGUGGCCAACGAAACCUCGCGAGGUUUCCCGAGACUUCGGCGCCGUUCCCGCCCUUUUCCCCGCCCGCCCAAAAUGGCGGCGCACACGGGGUCCCCCCCCGGGCCGGAGCUGUCGCGACAGCGGCGACAGGCGGGGCCUCGCCUCGAUCCCGACACCGCCGAGUAUUUCCGGAGGGCCCUGGAGACGCUGGAGGAGGGGCUGAGCGAGGAGGAGCUCGCCCUCUUCACCCCCAACGUCCUCUCGGAGGCCGCCCUGGCCUCCCCCGCGCUGGCCCUGACCCCCCUGGGCUGCCGCCUCCUCCUCCUCCUCCUCCCCCGCGCCCCCCCCUCCGCCCUGCCCCCGUUUCUGGGGGCCCUGCCGGGGGUCCCCACCCACCCCCGGGGGUCCCGGGUGCUGCAGGCGGCGCUGGGGAGGAUCCCGGGGGUCCUGGGGGAGGCUCCGGGGCUCCUGGAGGAGCCGCUGGCCCGGCUGGCCCGGGAGGUGGCCACGGAGCCGGGGGGCUUGGCCAGGGACCCCAACGGGAGCUUCGUGCUCAGGGCGCUGCUGGGGGUGCUGGGGGGCACCGGCGACGCAGUCCCUCCCCCCGAGGGGGCGGAGCCAAAGGUGAAGAAGGCGUGGCCACCACAAAAGGGGGUGUGGCCACUGCAGAAGGAGGCGUGGCCACCACAGAAGGGGGCGGAGCUUCCGGCCUCAUUCCGCCCCCUGCUGGAGGAGCUGGCCGAGGGAUUGGAGCGGGAAAUGCCGAGUUUGCUGGCCCCGCCCUGCGCCAGCCUCUGCCUGCAGGGGGCGCUGUUCGCCCUCCACCGCAGCCAAUCACCGUCCUGCUCCCGCUUCUGCCGCGCCCUGAUUGGCUGCCUCGCCCGCCACGGCCCCGCCCACCCCCAGAGCCCGCUGCUGACGUCACUGCAGGACCCCGCCCGGUCCCGCCUCCUGGAGGCGGCCAUGACGGUCCUGGACCCCCCGGGGCUCCGCGAGCUCUUCCGGGGUCACCUGCGGGGUCACCUGAGGGGCGUGGCCUCGCACCGAGUGGCCAAUCACGGCCUGCAGAGGCUCCUGGACCACGCCCCCGAGGACGUGGUGGAGGAGGCGCUGUCGGAGCUGGGCCCCGCCCUCCAGGAGCCGCUGGCCCGGGGCCACCCCGGGGUGGUCGUGGCGCUGUUGGGGGCGGCCCAGAGACACCCCCGGCUCCAGGGGGCGGCGCUGCGCUGGCUCUUCCAGGCCCUGCGCUGUUGGGACCCCCCCCACCACCCCCAUUGCGUCACCGCCCUGGCCCAGCUCCGCCCCCUUGGGGGCGGGGACAGCGACGAGAAGGCGGAGCCUGAGGGAAAAGGGGCGGAGCUUGAGGGAAAAGGGGCGGAGCCUGAGGUAAAAGGGGCGGAGCCUGAGGCAAAAGGGGCGGAGCCACAUCCCUUUCCCAUCCCCACGCUCUGGGGGUCCCUGGCCCUGCAGCUGCUGCUGAGUUUCGGGGACCCCUCCCCAAUUUGGGGCUCCCUGGGGUCUCUGCCCCCCCCGGCCCUGCUGGGCCUGGCCCGGAGCCCCCCCGGGAGCCGAAUUUGGGAUUCGAUUUUGGGGUCCCCGGGGGCCCCUCCCCGCGCCCGGCGCCGCCUCCUGCGCAAGCUCCAGGGCCACUGGCCAUCGCUGGCUCGGGAUCGCAGCGGGAGCCGAGUCCUGGACGCCGCCUGGGCCAGCGGCCGCCCCCGGCAACGAGCCCGGAUGGCCGAGGAGCUGGCCCCCCACCUCCCCGAUCUCCUCCGGGACCCCCUUGGCCGCGGCGUCGCCCGGAAUUUGGGGCUGGAGCUUUUCAAGAAGGAUCCGGAAAAGUGGGCGGAGCUCCAGAGGGGGGCGGGGCUCGGGGGGCGUGGCCUGAUCCUCUGACCCCGCCCCCUCCCCACCCAAA